CAACGCAUCUAUUGGUUUGGUUUGGUCGUCUACUUUGAAUUUGUAUUUUGUACAGUUGAAUUGAAUUCAGUUGAAUUUUGGUUUCUGUCUGUCACAUGAACGGAAUACAAAAUGUGAAAAGCUGAGGUUUUAUCAUUAUUCACUAGUUAAAUGAAAUAUGUUCUUUAAUAAUUGUUGUCUUCUUUACGUUUUCUUUGAUUACCUAGUUUAAAAUGAGUGGCCCGAUAUCUCAAGUGAUCGCUUGCGAGCACAAUUCACCCUUGAAAUUUUAUGAAGGUAUUUUAGCUGCACUCGGGACUGACCAUGUUGACAGUGAAUUACCUUUGAAACCAUUUACUGAAUGCGGAAUCGGUACCACCAAUAACAACACUUUGACUAUCGGGGCAGUGUCUAAAGUUUACCCUUUAAAAAGGCAUGUAGGUUCAAAGGGUGCUGUCAAGAUUAUCAUUUUGGAAGGAGCUCUUAAAAAGGACAAAGAGAAAAAAUCGCACCUGCGUGUCAUGCUUUUCAAUGAAUGUGCUGAAGAGCUAGAAAGCGCCGAAGUUCAAAAAGGAAAUCUCAUUGGAUUUUAUGGAUUCCAUGUCAUUCCAAACAGUUCUGUAGAGUAUUCAAAAAUGUAUUCAAAACAGGAACACCUUCUGGAGUAUCAAAUCACUGUCAAAUGUCAGCCAAAGAGAAGGGUGAAAAUGUUCUUCACAACAACGAGCUUAGAGACCACCUCUCAACUUGAUUCUAUUGAACAAACCAAAGAAUCAAAGAAUGAUAAGGUAAAGAUCACUAAAAGACCCCAUAAGCUCCUCUCCUUAAGUUCUCAGCGGUCUUAUUAUGAACUUCCAGAACUUAAAAGGAGCAAAAAUGAUGAAAUCAUGCAUAUAGAGCUGAGUGAUUCUGAUGAAGGGGAUAAAGGAAUAACCAGGACAACAAGGUCUAAUUCUCAGAAAUUGGGUGAAACAAAAGGAGUGGAUGGUGAGAAUAACCGAAAUCGAUCAACUAAUGUCAGAAAAGAGAUGAAUGGUCAUCUUGAGAAAACCGUCAAAAACUCUGCUGCAGCUAAUGUCACAAACGGAAAAAAAGUUGAUGUCAAAAUCAUUAAUGGAAGUGCAAAAAAUUCAAAUGAAUUCCUUACAAUCGCUAACCACCUCACUUACAAGUAUACAAAAUUAAUAGAGGCACCAAACUGCGAGAAAAUGCACUGUUAUGCAGUUGUAACAGAAACUGGGACCCCUCAUGCAGGUCCAACAAAAAACGUUCUCAGGAUAAAGGUAACCGAUGACUCUCUGGACGAACAAGACAUCAAAGUAUCAAUAUUCUAUGAAAAGGGUUGGGAACCUCCACUAAUAAGAAAACAUCAAAUAAUACGGUUUCAUCGACUCAGACUGGAAUUAUUCAAUGGAAACAGGGAUGGAUCUGUCAAUUCACAAGAUUUUAUGGUAUUUAAUCCAGAAGAGUGUGAUGCAACUGCUAAAAAAAUUAGAGGAACAUCAUGGGCGAAAAAGUAUGUCACAUUUACAGAGGAAGAUGCCGAAAUCAUUUUCAAGAUAAAAGAAUGGAUAAAUUCAAAUCUAGAGGCGGAAGCUAAUACACAGUCACCUGAACACAAUGAAAAUGACAUGGUUUUAACACUAGAAGAAAGUGCUCCUGUAAUUGAUAAUGCUGAAAAAGUUGAGGCGCUAUUUGAAACAAUUGAUAAGAAGCUGUCUGCUGAAGAUUUUACAGACCUUAAAUACGAGUCUGUUUGUCACAUGUUUUGUCAGAUUGUAGAAUUUCACAAGCUUGAUGAUGACCAUGUAGCCUUACGGGUUAAAAGAAAGAGCAGCUGCCCUUUAAAGCUGACAGUCUUUCCUCUUAGCUUGAGGAAAUUUAAAACUGUCAAUGAUUGUCUCAGCGCUGCAACCAUUGAAGAAAAUCGACAGGAUGUUUCAAUUUUACUGAAGAACACCUCAGCCAAACCUGUUUUUCAACUGUUGCAGGAUGACAAAGAUAUUUUCAUUUUAAAUUGUAAAAUACCACCGAGAAAAGGUACAAGUAAAGCAGACCAAUUAAUAACAUUGGAUAUAAGUGAGGGAGACAUCAUCUCCAUACAUCCUCGAAUGAAGCAGUCAUUUAAAAAAUCGUUGAACAAUUGGAAGAAACAGUGUAAUGAAAUACAAACCACAUCAUCAGACAAACCAGUUUUAACUUCCAAGGAAGUCACCUCCAUUUCUAAUGUGCCAGUGAAAAAAUCACCAGUCAAGAAGUUAAAGAAGUUCAAUGAAGAAAAUUUUAUCAGCUCUGAUGAGCGCCUUGAAAAUGUAGCAGAAAAUGAAAGGCUCCGGAAUGAAAAUGGAAAUGGAUUUGUGAGUGCCGCAAAUAGUGAUCUAACGUAUGUACAAAAUACAAGACAGUUGGAUGAUGAAGAGCUAGCAUUAUCGCAGGUGAGAUGCAUAACAAAAUCACUAAAAGAAGGCAAGGAUAAAAAUAUUCCUGUAAGUAAUGUACCUCCUACAACAAAAUUAUCAGAAAAAGGAAUGAAAGAAGCUAUUGCCUCCAUAUGUUAUCAUUUACAUCAUAAACAAAAAGCCGAAAAACAAACAGCGGAUGUGAACACCUUGGAUGAAGUUCUGUCCCUGUCAAGGAGGGCCUCGACUACCGCAGCUGCUAUAUCUAAUAGGUGUUUCGAUCGUUCAUUUGAUUCAGUCAAGUCAAGUGAAGAAACUUUACUGGAUUGUUCUAUCAAAAGCAAUUCAGUAAGCCCGACAGAAAAAACAGUGACACCAGUCAAAAUUAAUUCAACCAAGUGUGGCUCUCCAAAACGUUCCCUUCGAUCAGCACCUACUAGGAUAGCUGAAGUGAAACAAAAUGGUAGCGACUCCAUGAAUUCAUCUCCUAGUAGACAUGUGAAGAUAAGAAAAUUUGAACAUUCCAAUGAUGUCAGUCGAGAUUCAUUGGAUCCCUUUGAGCUUUCUGAUGCAGAAAACUCUUCCACAACAGAAAUUGAAGAAGAAAAAGAAGAUGAUGAUGAUGAUGAUGAUGACCUGGCUACUGUAAUUAUUGAAACUAAAACGAAAAAAUCACCUCCCAGACCAGUUACCAGCACUCCUAGGAAAGGAGAAAAAGCUGAGGAUAGGCUGUCUUCAAAUCACAAUACAACUCGAAGGAGACUUAAUGAUGAUGGAGGCAACUAUUAUCUUCUAAUCAAAAUCAAGCCCACGGAUGAAAACAAUGGUGAUCCUGCUAUUGUUACUUGUCAUUGUAGAGCUUGUCAAAGAUAUGUUCCAAUAACUUCAUUUCCUAUCAACUACAUGUGUCCUGAUUGUCAAAAGAAUGGUAAAAAGUCUAAACUUCAAAAACCAUUAUUUUUGAUGAUAUUUCAUCUUUUGCACUUGAACUCACUUGAGCACAAAGAAGUUGUUCUUCGAUCGCCAAGAGCUGAAGAAUUUUUAGGAGGUUGCUCUGUCAACAGUUUCAUUCAAGAUGAAGAAGUACGAAAAAGAAUCUUGAGCAGCUUGAAGAAACUCAGUAUCCUCUCUCCGUCAAUGGAAAAUGGAGUUUUUGUAUCUCAAAAAUUAUCUUUACAACUAGGUACUGUUAUUCUUGGAAAUUAUUCACAAGAAAUAGUAAGUUUUGAAAUACCCAAGGGUUUCAAAUCAUAGUUAAUCCAUCCUCGGUCUUUUUAGCUAGAGAAUCCUAAAUGUCAACAAACGCAUGGGACCUGAAUUCUUGGUAAUCUUGUAUUUUUUGUUAUGCUUAUUUAAUAUUUAACUACUCGUUACAGAUGUCUCAAAGAAAAAUGUCUAAUAGUAUGUUACAAAUUAAACAGAACAUAAAUAUUGGUGUAUAAUAGUCCACAUAAAAUCCUGUAGGCAUUACUUAAGUAAACUUUAGAUUGCCCAAUACUUUUUUUCUGAACUUUUAGACAUUUAUUUUUUUCUUCCUUGUGAUUUGUAACAAACAAAACAGUUUUUAUUUUCUUUCUCUCAAUUUUAUUUUUGUAUAGCCCUUAAUUUAUGAAUGAUUGUUGGGUGUAUCAAUAAUAUUGUUACCUAUUUGUGAAUUUCAGGAAAUAAAAAUAUACAGCCUGUAAUUUUUAUUUACCA